GACGUCCUACCCAUUGGAGCAACGCCCCUGAACUGAAAGAACGAAUUUACGCGGGAUCGUCUAGGUCUUGGUUGUCCCUUCCUCCAGCCCUCCCUUCAAUCCUUUUUAUCGAUGCAGCUUACCAUCACCACGCCAGAUGGCGAGCACGUCUUUCCCGUUGAGAUUGACGGCAGUACGAGCUUCGCGGACGUGAAAGCGAUUUGCGAAGCGGAGACGGGAAUUCCGUCGACCUCAUUUGUGCUGCUGCACAACGGCAAGCCGCUGACAGACACCCAAACGCCGUCGACCGCCGGCGUCCAGCCGGGCGACAUGCUCAUCCUGGUGCAGCCGCAGCAGGCCGCGCCGGGGCGGCAGGGGCUUGGGGGUGGCGGCGGCGGCCGCGCGCAGCAGCCGGGCGCGGGUGGUAGCGCCCAGCAGGCUGCCAUGCUGCGGAACCCUGACGGCACCCUGGUCAACCCUGCGGCCGCCAUCCAGGCGUUCAAGUCAGACACAAACAUGAUGGACCAGCUGCGUGUGCAAGCCCCUCGAAUCCAUGACGCCAUCAUGGGUGACGACAUCGCGGGGCUGCAGGAGGAGCUGCGCCGCUCACACAGGGCCCAGACAGACGCCAAUGACGAGCUGGAGCGGCUGUACCACAUGCAGGAGGAGGACCCGUUCAACCCCGAGCUGCAGGCCAAGAUUGAGGACGCGAUCCGGCGUAAGAACAUUGAUGAGAACUACGAGGCAGCAAUGGAGCACAACCCCGAGAACUUCAUCCAAGUUAACAUGCUGUACGUGGACAUGGAGGUGAACGGCGUGCACGUCAAGGCCUUCAUCGACAGUGGUGCACAGAUGACCAUCAUGACCGCGCCCUUUGCUGAGAAGUGCCAUCUGACGCGGCUGCUGGAUGAGCGCUUCAAGGGCAUGGCGGUGGGCGUGGGCAGCUCGAAGAUCCUGGGCAAGAUUCACCAGGCCAAGAUGAAGGUGGGGGACCAGGUGGUGACCACGUCCAUCACCGUGCUGGAGCAGAAGACCGGACCGCAGUUCAUCUUCGGACUGGACAUGCUGCGUCGCCACCAGUGCUGCAUCGACCUGGUGAAAAAUGUGCUGCGCAUCGGCUCGUGUGGUGUGGAGCUGCCGUUCCUGCAGGAGAGCCAGAUCCCUAAGGACUUCUCGGAGCACGUGGAGGACGUCAGCGAGGCGGAGGCCAACCGCCGCAUGGACGCAGACGAGGCGGCGGCUCGUAACCGGAUGGACACGGACGGCGGUCGCGCGCCCGCCAACACCGCGGCACCGGCCCCUGCUGCGGCACCCGCCACUGCCACCGCCCCCACACCCACGCCCGCUCCCGCGCCAGCCCCGGCGCCGGCACCAGCGCCUGCCCUGGCCACGGCACCGGCGCCAGCUGCGGGCGGCGCGGGUGCGGAGAUGGAGGGCAAGAUUGCACAGCUGAUGGCGCUGGGGGCGGACCGGAACACUGCUGUCCAGGCGCUCCAAGCCGCUGGCGGCAAUGUGGACAUGGCCGCCAGCUUCAUGUUUGACAUGAGCUGAGCAGAGCUAACUGCGUGGUGUACGUGGCAGAACAAGCGCGGGGCCAAGGUGGCGAUUCUUACGUAUGGAAGGGCUCUUGCACGAGUCGGCACGGGCCGGACGCUGUCUGGAUGCCUAGUCUGUAUGGGGCGGUGGCAGGGGCGUCUGCGGUAACAGACGGGGCGUCGCCUCGGUGCUUGAGCAGCUGGCGUUUGAGCCAGGCUCGCCUGGCUAACAAUGACACAUGUGUGGGCGAUACUAUAUUGCAUCAAGAGACACAAGACGACGAAAGAUAUAGCGGUUUGCAGAUUUUUUGACAUGUCCCGGUUUGACAUGUCAACAUGUGAAUUGCGACAUACAACAUUGCGACAUAUGCUAUAAUAUACCAACAACCAGCUCUGUUGUGAUGUAUGGUUCGCGAACUUGGACGGACAGCAGCCCUCGCGCCCCUCGCCCGCCACGGCGCUGCCACGGCCCACCCAGCUGGUUUCCACAGCACAACGUAUUUUCCCACGUAAUAGCCGGCGAGUGCAGCGUACAGUACGUAGUACUACGAACUACGCAACCCUGGUGCCGGACGGACACACCUUGACCUGCACCACCUGCAGCCGGCUGGCGUCAUCAAUCACGGCAAUCUAUACGCUGAAUGCUUGGCUGAAUGUGGAUCCGGCCCCGGUGGAAGCCAAAAACCAUUAAGCUGUUGGCUGUUGUAUGGUGUGGCUGGACAGGAAUCAGGGUGCAUGGUGAGCCUUUGUCGUCCUUUUACAAAUCGCCUGCACUGAUGCGGCACACACAGUGUGGCGUCGCAUGUGUCUGUCUGGUGCUAUCAUAUGUGUCUGUCGGGCGCCCGGAGCUUGAGGACUGCGUGUCAGCAGUCGAAUUGUCGUGUCAAGGCUUUCUGGGUUCGGGAUUUCAGCUGUCACCACUGGGGCAUGUCCCUUUCAUCCCAUGCCUUGGUCCUACCACCGAUUGGCGAAGUGUUUGUUAGUGAAUGUGAAUGCAAGACGCCGUCGCGAGCUCCAGGCUAGCAAUAAACAUCACGAUUGCUCUGCCAUGGCACGUCUGUGGUGCUGCUAUAAGUGUUUAGCCUCUACCACCGGUGGGAGGGGCCUGCUUUGACAUCGGCCAGGCCUUGAUAAAAUGUCCACUGGGCGACGUUUGUCCGCGGCACCCCUUCAG